UCCUUUCCAGAGACAAAACAGGAAUAAUAGACAUCAUUAAAUAUACAUAGGGCCCCAGGCGGUCGGCGUGGUGGGCUGGGCCUCCCUUCCCCAUAACACUGAGCUGCUCUGCUGGGCCAACCGUGCUCCUGGGCCAGCCAGAGGACCCCCAUGAGGCGGCAUGCAGGCGGGGAGCAGGCCACAGAACGCAGGGUGAAACCCAAGGCGCUCUAGAGGAGAUGAAUUAUGGAUCCGCCCUCCCGGAAUCCUGGCUCGGCCCUCCCCAUGCCACCUGGGGCCAGUCCGGUCUGCUCCCAGCCCGAGGAGGCCGCGUGUCCAGCCGCGGGCAAGAGACCGAGCAGGUCCCUGUGUCUCCAAGUCCCUGAGCCCGUGACACCGGCCCCAGGCCCUGUAGAGAGCAGGCAGCCACCAUGGCGAAGGAGGAAGAUGAGGAGAAGAAAGCCAAGAAAGGGAAGAAGGGGAAGAAGGCACUGGAGCCAGAGAAGCCCAAACGGAGCCUGAAGGGGACGUCGCGGCUGUUCAUGGGCUUCCGCGACCGUACACCCAAGAUCUCCAAGAAGGGCCAGUUCCGCAGCGCCUCGGCCUUCUUCUGGGGCCUCCACACCGGCCCCCAGAAGACCAAGCGCAAGAAGAAGGCCCGCACCGUGCUCAAGUCCACGUCAAAGCUCAUGACGCAGAUGCGCAUGGGCAAGAAGAAGCGGGCGAUGAAGGGCAAGAAGCCGUCCUUCAUGGUGAUCCGCUUCCCAGGCCGCCGUGGCUACGGCCGCCUGCGGCCGCGCGCCCGGUCACUCAGCAAAGCGUCCACGGCCAUCAACUGGCUCACAAAAAAGUUCCUCCUCAAGAAGGCCGAGGAGUCGGGCAGCGAACAGGCCACAGUGGACGCCUGGCUGCAGCGCUCGAGCUCCCGCAUGGGCUCCCGCAAACUCCCCUUCCCGUCGGGUGCCGAGAUCCUGCGGCCCGGGGGCCGGCUCCAGAGGUUCCCCCGCAGCCGCAGCAUCUACGCGUCAGGCGAGCCCCUGGGCUUCCUGCCCUUCGAGGACGAGGCCCCGUUCCAUCACUCGGGCUCCCGCAAGUCGCUGUACGGGCUUGAGGGCUUCCAGGACCUGGGCGAGUAUUAUGACUAUCACCGCGACGGCGACGACUACUACGACCGGCAGUCACUCCACCGCUACGAGGAGCAGGAACCCUACCUGGCGGGCCUCGGCCCCUACAGCCCGGCCUGGCCACCCUACGGCGACUACUACUACGGGUACCCGCCCGAGGAUCCCUAUGACUACUACCACCCCGACUAUUACGGUGGCCCCUUUGAUCCGGGGUACACCUACGGCUAUGGCUACGACGAUUACGAACCCCCAUAUGCGCCCCCGUCGGGGUACUCGUCUCCUUACAGCUACCACGAUGGGUACGAGGGCGAGGCGCACCCUUAUGGCUACUACCUGGAUCCCUAUGCGCCGUACGACGCGCCAUACCCACCCUAUGACCUCCCAUACCACACUCCCUACGAUGUACCCUACUUUGAUCCCUACGGAGUCCACUACACCGUCCCCUAUGCCGAAGGCGUCUAUGGCGGUGGGGACGAGGCCAUCUACCCCCCCGAGGUGCCCUAUUUUUACCCGGAGGAGUCGGCUUCGGCCUUUGUGUACCCCUGGGUACCACCGCCCAUCCCGUCGCCCCACAACCCCUAUGCCCACGCCAUGGAUGACAUCGCCGAGCUGGAGGAACCAGAGGACGCGGGCGUAGAGCGUCAGGGGACCUCCUUCCGCCUGCCCAGCGCCGCCUUCUUCGAGCAGCAAGGUAUGGAUAAGCCCGCCAGGUCCAAGCUGUCCCUCAUCCGCAAGUUCCGCCUCUUCCCGCGACCCCAGGUGAAGCUGUUUGGGAAGGAGAAGCUGGAGGUGCCCCUGCCACCCUCUCUGGACAUUCCUCUCCCCUUGGGGGAUGCGGAUGAAGAAGAGGACGAGGAGGAGCUGCCCCCGGUUUCCGCUGUGCCCUACGGCCACCCUUUCUGGGGCUUCCUCACGCCGCGCCAGCGCAACCUCCAGCGCGCGCUGUCGGCCUUCGGCGCCCACCGGGGCCUGGGCUUCGGCCCUGAGUUUGGCCGCCCCGUGCCUCGCCCUGCCACCUCGCUUGCGCGGUUCCUCAAGAAGACGCUGUCGGAGAAGAAGCCCAUCACGCGGCUCAGGGGCAGCCAGAAGGCCCGGGCGGGCGGCCCUGCUGUCAGGGAGGCGGCCUACAAACGCUUCGGCUACAAGCUGGCUGGCAUGGACCCGGAGAAGCCCGGCACGCCCAUCGUGCUGAGGAGGGCCCAGCCGCGCGCUCGCAGCAGCAACGACGCGCGCCGCCCGCCCGCGCCACAGCCCGCGCCCAGGACCCUCUCCCACUGGAGCGCGCUCCUGUCUCCGCCCGUGCCCCCGCGGCCCCCAAGCCCCGGACCCCCACCCGCGCCGCCGCUCUCCCCGGCGCUCUCGGGCCUGCCCCGGCCGGCCUCGCCCUACGGCUCCCUCCGCCGCCACCCGCCGCCCUGGGCCGCCCCAGCGCACGUGCCACCGGCGCCGCAGGCCAGCUGGUGGGCCUUCCUGGAGCCCCCUGCCGUGAGCCCGGAGGUGCCCCCCGACCUACUAGCCUUCCCAGGGCCCCGACCCUCGUUCAGGGGCUCCCGCCGGAGAGGGGCGGCUUUCGGCUUCCCCGGGGCCUCUCCACGGGCGUCGCGGAGGCGAGCUUGGUCACCGCUGGCCUCGCCCCAGCCCUCGCUGAGGAGCUCGCCGGGCCUUGGCUACUGCUCACCCUUGGCGCCCCGGUCGCCUCAGCUGUCCUUGCGCACGGGCCCCUUCCAGCCGCCCUUCCCAACCCCGGCCCGCCGGCCCCGCUCGCUGCAGGAGUCCCCAGCCCCACGCCGAGCCGCUGGGCGCCUGGGCCCACCCGGCUCGCCGCUGCCGGGCUCACCCAGGCCGCCCUCGCUGCCCCUGGGGCUCUGCCACAGCCCGCGGCGCAGCUCCCUGAAUCUGCCCUCGCGCCUCCCGCACACGUGGCGGCGCCUCAGCGAGCCACCCACUCGGGCUGUGAAGCCUCAAGUGCGCCUGCCCUUCCACCGACCGCCCAGGGCCGGGGCCUGGCGGGCGCCCCUGGAACACCGGGAGAGCCCGCGAGAACCCGAGGACUCAGAGACGCCCUGGACCGUGCCCCAACUGGCCCCCAGCUGGGACGUGGACAUGCCUCCCACCCAACGCCCACCCUCCCCCUGGCCAGGAGGUGCAGGCAGCCGCCGAGGCUUUUCCAGGCCACCCCCUGUGCCGGAAAACCCCUUUCUCCAGCUCCUGGGCCCUGUGCCAUCCCCCACCCUCCAGCCUGAGGAUCCAGCUGCUGAUAUGACCAGGGUCUUCCUGGGCAGACACCAUGAGCCGGGGCCUGGACAGCUCACCAAAUCAGCUGGCCCAACCCCUGAGAAGCCUGAAGAAGAGGCCACCCUGGGGGACCCCCAGCUGCCAGCAGAGACCAAGCCUCCAACCCCAGCACCUCCCAAGGAUGUCACUCCCCCCAAGGAUAUCACUCCCCCGAAGGAUGUCCUCCCAGAGCAAAAGACAUUAAGGCCCAGCCUCUCAUACCCACUGGCUGCGUGUGACCAGACCAGGGCCACAUGGCCACCAUGGCACCGCUGGGGAACACUGCCCCAAGCCACAGGCUAGGGCUAGGCCAGGCUAGGGCUAGGGCCAGGCUAGGGCUAGGGCCAUGCUAGGGUAGGCCAGUUUAGGGCUAGAGCCAGGCUAGGGCUAUGGCCAGGCUAGGGCCAGGCUAGGGCUAGGGACAGGAUAGGGCCAGGCUAGCGCUAGGGCCAGGCUAGGGCCACCCCAGGGUUAGGGCCAGGAUAGGGCCAGGCUAGUGUUAGGUCCAGGCUAGGGCCAGGCUAUGGCUAGGGCCAGGCUAGG